UGUCUGUGAUGAAGAGAGCAAUAAAUGGUCAAAGAAGAUGAGAAAGAUUUUGUAGAAGACUGUACCAGCAACAGGAAUUUAUAUAGUGAAACUUCAGAAGAACUAAAGUAAAAGGGAUGCAGAACAUGCUGCUACAAAAACUGAUUCUGUGCUCCAAACUCCCACCACAGAGAUUCCGGGUUCUGACCAGACACCUGACACAAGAUUACAGCAAUAGAGUCCAUGGGAUCUCGUUUUCCCAUCGCAGUGAACUUCACAAGGCCAAGAGGAUUGUGGUUAAACUUGGAAGCGCUGUGGUCACCCGUGGAGAUGAAUGUGGUCUGGCUCUGGGGCGCCUGGCUUCUAUCGUGGAGCAGGUGGCCAUGCUGCAGAAUCAAGGCCGGGAGAUGAUUAUUGUCACCAGCGGCGCUGUAGCCUUUGGCAAGCAGAGGUUAAGACAUGAGAUCCUGCUGUCCCAAAGUGUCCGACAGGCGUUGCAUUCUGGAAACGGUCAGCAUAAAGAGAUGUCUGUGCCAGUGCUGGAGGCCCGAGCCUGUGCUGCAGCUGGGCAGAGCGGCCUGAUGGCCCUAUAUGAAGCCAUGUUCACUCAGUACAGCACAUGCACUGCACAGGUCCUCGUGACGAAUUUGGAUUUUCACGAUGAUGAGAAGAGGCAGAACCUCAACAGCACACUGCAGGAGCUGCUGCGCAUGAACAUUGUUCCCAUCAUCAACACCAAUGAUGCAGUGGUACCUCCACCAGAACCCAACAGCGAUCUGCAAGGGGUGAUCAGCAUUAAGGACAACGACAGUCUGGCAGCACGGCUGGCUGUGGAAAUGAAGGCUGACCUGCUCAUAGCGUUGUCUGAUGUUGAAGGGCUGUACAACAGCCCACCUGGAACAGAUGACGCCAAAUUCAUCGACAUCUUCUACCCUGGAGACCAGCAGUCCAUCACCUACGGCACAAAGUCCAGAGUCGGGAUUGGAGGCAUGGAGGCCAAGGUCAAAGCAGCACUUUGGGCGUUGCAAGGAGGCACCUCCGUGGUCAUCGCAAACGGCACAAACCCCAAAGUAACUGGGCAUGUCAUCAAUGACAUAGUAGAGGGGAAGAAAGUGGGAACCUUCUUCUCUGAGAUCAAACCUGCUGGUCCUUCUGUGGAGGAGCAAACAGAAAUGGCCAGGAGGUCAGGAAGAAUCCUGGCGUCUCUUAAACCAGCCCAGAGAGGUGAGAUCAUCUGCCGCCUAGCAGAGCUGCUGACCGAAAGGAAAGAUGAAAUUCUGGCUGCAAACAAGAUGGAUAUGGAGAUAGCUGUCAGCGCAGGACGUCUGCCAUCAGCCAUGCUGAAACGUCUCAGUCUGUCGCUGGCCAAGCUAAACAGUUUGGCCGUGGGUCUUCGUCAGAUAGCCGUGGCGGCUCAGGAAAUCGUCGGGCGUGUGGUGCGAAGGACCAGGGUGGCUCACGGUUUGGAACUGGAGCAGAUCACGGUUCCUAUCGGGGUUCUUCUCGUUAUCUUUGAGGCCCGCCCCGACUGCCUGCCACAGGUGUCAGCUCUGGCCAUAGCGAGUGGCAACGCUCUCCUGCUGAAGGGUGGCAAAGAGGCCGCCAACACCAACUGUGUCCUGCACCAGCUCACUCUGGAAGCCCUUUCUCUGCAUGGAGUCAGAGACGCAAUACAGAUGGUGAGUACUCGUGAGGAAGUGGAGGAUCUUUGCCGACUGGACAAGCUGAUUGACUUGAUCAUCCCCAGAGGUUCGUCGCAGCUGGUGCAGGACAUUCAGCGAGCAGCCAAGGGCAUUCCAGUCCUGGGGCACAGUGAGGGAAUCUGCCAUGUCUACGUCGAUGCAGACGCCGAUGUUGAUAAAGUCAUAAAAAUUGUAAGAGAUUCCAAGUGUGACUACCCCGCUGCAUGUAAUGCUAUGGAAACUCUUCUAAUUCACCGAGACAUCCUUCGGACUCCCAUGUUUGACCAGAUAAUUGAAAUGUUGCGCAAAGAAAAGGUGAGGAUUCAUUCAGGCCCGCGGUUUGCUUCCUACCUGACAUUCAGUCCGUCCGAAGCCAGAUCCCUGCGCACAGAGUACGGCGACCUUGAGUGUUGUUUGGAGGUGGUGGACGGUGUGCAGGAGGCUGUGGAGCAUAUUCACAAGUACGGAAGCUCCCACACUGAUGUCAUAAUCACAGAAAACAAGGAGACAGCUGAGCAGUUCCUGAAGCAGCUAGACAGCGCUUGUGUUUUCUGGAAUACCAGCUCACGCUUUGCUGAUGGCUAUCGUUUUGGACUUGGAGCAGAGGUUGGCAUUAGCACAGCCCGUAUUCAUGCCCGGGGCCCCGUUGGCAUUGAGGGUCUGCUCACCACCAAGUGGGUCCUGAGAGGCGAUGGCCACACGGUGGCGGAUUUCUCUGAGAGCGGCAGAAUGACGUACCUCCAUGAAAACCUUCCUGUUGAGCAGGAUUUAACCGGACAAAGAGGCGAUAUUUAGGACAACAUCGAUAUUGUUUGUUUUUUUUUUUGGCCUCCACCAAAAGUUCUGAUUGAUAGUAUUUUCUAAACAGACAAAACCAAGACAAAGAUUUUUCUCCUUACAUAAUUGUCUCAUUCUAGGACAAAGAGUUAAAUGUUUUAUUUGUUUCUGCCAACCCCAUGACAUUUGACAUGUACGUACAUUGGUUAAAUGACCAAAAUUGCCUUAAUAAUAAAGCUUU